CCAACCCAACAUUAACAAUCCUCAGAAAGUCAGAAUUAUAUUAUUUGAUGUUCCGUUAGAACUUUGGUAGAAGGAACCGUUUUCAUUCAACCUUCAUCUUUGAAACAUUAAUUAUAAGACGGUUUUUAUCGAAUACCAACCAGCCCGGUUGAUUGCUGAGAAGACAACAAAGACUUUUAUUGAUGGAUCAGCCUUUAUUUUAACGUUUAAAAACCAUCCACAGGUCACAACGACGAUCCAUACUUCUCAUUAUAUCCAAAAUGGGUUUCCAGCCCCUAAUUUCUCUCUGCAUCUUCACUCUGAUUUCUUCCUCCACUCUGAUUCUAGCUCAGCAGCCUUACGAGAGAAAGGCCAGCACGGAUUGCGGAACCGCUGAUAAUUCAACCUCUGUACUUGGCUACACUUGCAACGGCCUAAACCGAACAUGCCAAGCCUACCUCAUCUUCAGAUCUCGACCCCCAUACAACAAUGUUUCUUCCAUCUCUAGUCUUUUGGCCUCUGACACAUCUCAGCUUUCUCAAAUUAAUUCAGUUUCCGAGGAUGCAACUUUUGACACAAACAAGAUGGUGAUUGUUCCUGUCAACUGCUCUUGCUCAGGUGAGUAUUACCAGGCAAAUUCAUCUUAUGUUGUUCUACUCGGUGACACUUUCUUCAGAAUUGCAAACAACACCUACCAAGGUCUCUCCACCUGUCAAGCUCUCCAAACUCAGACCAACAUAUCUGCCACCAACUUACAAUCCGGAACAAGUAUUACUGUUCCUCUUAGGUGUGCUUGUCCCACCAAGAACCAAAGUGAUGAAGGCGUUAAGUAUCUGUUGAGUUACACGGUCCAGUCUGGUGAAGAUGUUUCUACGAUAAGUGAGAGGUUUGGUGUGGACACCGGUAACACCCUUGCAGCCAAUGGGCUUUCUGAAUCAGACUUCAACAUUUAUCCAUUUACAACUCUUCUUGUUCCUUUAAAGAAUCCACCAUCUGCUUCUCAAACCUUGACGCCAUCUCCACCGCCACCACCAUCACCGCCUCCUCCCCCUCCAUCGGGUAAAGGCUCCAAGAAAACAUGGGUUUACGUGGCUGUUGGAGUUGCAGCCAGUUUAUUUGUGCUUAUUACUGUCUUGGCCGUUGUUUAUUAUGUUGUCUUACGAAGAAGAAGUCCGAGGCGCCCAAUUGAUUCUGUUAUUGUCAUCGAUUCAUUCGAGAAACCUCUCAAAAGUAAGUCGGAGGAAGAAUCUGAGGAGUUUCUUAAAAGUAUAUCUGAGAUUGCUCAGUCCCUUAAAGUUUAUAAAUAUGGAGAACUACAAUCUGCAACCGAGAACUUCAAUUCCAAUUGUUGGAUCAAGGGUUCUGUUUAUCGUGGUACAAUUAAUGGGGACUUGGCCGCCAUCAAGAAGAUGAACGGGGACGUCUCGAAGGAAAUAAGUUUACUCAACAAGAUCAACCAUUUCAAUCUUAUCAGGCUCUCGGGUGUUUGUUUUAGUGAGGGGAAUUGGUAUCUUGUGUACGAGUAUGCCAUGAAUGGACCUCUGUGUGACUGGAUCUAUAGCAACAAAAGUGGACAGAAGGUUUUGAGCUGGACACAGAGGGUUCGAAUUGCUUUGGAUGUGGCUACGGGGCUUAACUACCUCCACAGUUUUACCAGUCCUCCCCAUGUUCACAAGGAUAUAAGGAGCAGCAAUGUUCUUCUUGAUAGCGAUUUCAGAGCCAAGAUUGCAAAUUUUGGUCUAGCAAGGUCGACUCAAGGGGAGGAAGGUGAAUUUGCUUUGACAAGGCACAUCGUUGGAACAAAAGGUUACAUGGCACCUGAGUAUUUGGAGAAUGGUUUGAUCUCACCGAAGCUCGAUGUUUAUGCAUUUGGGGUCUUGAUGCUGGAGAUAAUUACCGGUAAAGAGGCCAUUGUUUUGUGUGGAGGAGAAGAUGUGCUCUUACCGGAUGCUUUACUAGCCAUGCUCGAUGAAGACAACGCAGAGGAAAAGUUAAAAGGGUUCGUAGAUCCAUCUCUGCAAGCCAACUAUCCAUUUGACCUUGCUCUGCUCAUGGUCAGAUUGGCUCAGAACUGCAUAAGGAAGAAUCCAGCCAGUCGGCCUGGCAUGGAUGAGAUUGAGCAGUCCCUAUCAAAAAUCUUAGCUACCUAACAGAAUUGGGAACUCAGAAACACCUUAUCUGGGUAGAAUUUCAGCAAGAACCAUACAUAAAUGUUAGAUUAACUAGUUUCUGUAGGAAAUGAGGUCUUAACUUUAAUUUCAAGGAUUAACUCUUCUCAAUUUUACUGAUCUUCAAAUGUCUAUGCUCUAUUUCAGAGUUAUAACUUAUAACCACAUUUUACUUUUUGUAUUCCCUCUAGGCUCCUUGCCUCAUUAUUGCAAGUGACCAACUUUGAGAGC